AUGUUUAAAUUGGUGGUAUUGCUGUUAGCUUGUUUUGCUGUUUGUUUGGCUCGUCCUAGUCUCAUUGCUUCCUCACCAUCCUAUGUCAGCUACAGUGCUCCUGUUGCUGCGGUGGCCUAUCAUCAACCCGCCUUAGCUACUGUUGGAGCUGUGGUCAAAACUGUACCCACUUCCGUGUCUCAUGCCAGUCAUGCUGUGGUCCAUAAAUCCUCUCAAGUUGUCCAAGAUGUUGUGGCUCCUGUUAUAAAGACUACUUACACGGCUCCCGUUAGCUAUUCAACAUAUGCGGCUGCUCCCUUAAGUUACUCUUCAUAUGCUUCUCCUGUGGCUUAUAGUGCUUAG